AUGGCUGACGAGCAGACUUUCAUUGCCAUCAAGCCCGAUGGUGUCCAGCGUGGCCUCGUUGGUCCCAUCAUCUCCCGCUUCGAGAACCGUGGCUUCAAGCUCGUUGCCAUGAAGCUCACCUCCCCCAGCCAGGAGCACCUCGAAAAGCACUACGCUGACCUCGCCGGCAAGGGCUUCUUCAAGGGCCUCAUCUCCUACAUGCUGAGCGGCCCCAUCUGCGCCAUGGUCUGGGAGGGCAAGGACGCCGUCAAGACCGGUCGCACCAUCCUCGGCGCCACCAACCCCUUGGCCUCUGCCCCCGGUACCAUCCGUGGUGACUACGCCAUCGAUGUUGGCCGCAACGUCUGCCACGGCUCCGACAGCGUUGAGAACGCCAAGAAGGAGAUUGCCCUCUGGUUCUCUCCCUCCGAGGUCCUCAACUGGAAGGCCACCCAGGCCCAGUGGGUCUACGAGUAA